AUGAAUAAAGAUAUCAAUCAAAAAAUAUUAAAAACAUGGCGACUACCGGAAGUCUAUGGUUUCUGUCGUUCUUUCUAUAAUUUGACACACGUGCCGCGUGGAGUUUUGCCUCGCAGCACAAUGGUGGCUACUGUCGACAAAAAGGCUGCGGCCGAUAAGAAGGCUCCGGCUGAGAAGAAGGUUGUAAAAGGCAAGGAGGACAGCAAGAAGCUGCCAGCAGUCCCUGAAUCAGUGCUAAAGCACCGUAAACGCAGAGAUGCUUUAAGAACACGCCGCAUCCAGGUUACAAUCAAAAGGCGUUCAGCUGCCAUCAAGAAGAAGAAAGAAAUCUUCAAGAGGGCUGAACAGUAUGUUAAGGAAUACCGUAUUAAGGAGCGUGAUGAGAUAAGACUUGUUAGACAGGCACGCAACCGAGGUAACUACUAUGUUCCUGGUGAAGCCAAGCUUGCCUUUGUCAUCCGUAUCCGUGGUAUCAACCAGGUCUCACCAAAGGUCCGCAAAGUACUAAAGCUAUUUAGACUUCGUCAAAUCAACAAUGGUGUGUUCAUCAAGCUGAACAAGGCUACAGUAAACAUGCUUCGUAUUGCGGAACCCUACAUCACAUGGGGGUACCCCAAUCUGAAGAGUGUGCGAGAGCUGAUCUACAAGCGCGGUUUCGCCAAAGUCAAGGGCCAGCGUGUCGCUAUCACAUCCAAUAAGAUUAUUGAGGAGAAGCUCGGCAAGAGCAACAUCAUCUGUGUUGAAGACCUCAUCCACGAAAUAUUCACUGUGGGAGAUAAGUUCAAGUAUGCAAGCAACUUCUUAUGGCCAUUCAAGCUGAACAACCCAACUGGAGGCUGGCGCAAGAAAACCAUCCACUAUGUGGAUGGUGGUGACUUCGGUAACCGUGAGGACAAGAUCAACGAACUCCUCAGGAGAAUGGUC